UAGAGAGAGAGAGGGGCAUAGAAUUAUUUGUGUGAUCCCUACUCUCUCUCUCUCGGUUUCUCUCUCUAUCAACUGAUAAAAAAGAGAAUCGAUGGGAAAUAAUAAACAGAUAAAACUAGGUAAUGAAUCGACGGUGUACUUUUCGGAAGAAAUUGUUGAAGAAAUACUAUCACGACUCCCCGUGCAUUCUCUGUUCCGAUUCAAGGCCGUAUCCAAAUCAUGGAACACUUUAAUCUCUUCCCCGAGUUUCGCCGAAUCACACCUCAACAACUACGGCAAUAGCAACAACUUCGUUCUACUCGCCUUCGACCAAACCACCCGAAAGUGGAAACUAUCGUUCACCACGUUCGGCACAUCGUCGUCGUCGGAAUUGACAACCGUAGUCGUUGGUGGCGGCGGUGGCGGCCGUGCGGACGAAAAAUUUAUCGAAUUACCAACGAUGUUGGAGAAGACGACGAGGAUCAAAGACAAAAUCAUCGGCCCGUUUAACGGUCUCAUCUGCUUCUACGGGAUUGCCGGGAUGGCCGGGAUGGGGGGAAUCGCCCUCUGCGACCCUAAUCUCCGUACAACCGAGACUCUCCCGAUCUGCCCCAUUACCGAGAAAGAACUCCGUUUCAGCACAUACGUCACACGAAGCAUGGGGUUCGGUCUAGAUUCCGUCACCAAAGAAAUAAAACUAGUACAAACUUUGUCUUAUUUGUUUUGGUACAAGGAUACGCAUAUCGAGAAAGGAAUCCGUGUGGAUAUCUACUCCCCAACCAACAAGACAUGGAGACAUGUACUCGACCACGACGAUGCUGCUACAUCGGACACUUUUAUCUGGGACGCAAUUGGGUCGUACGAGGAUGGUUCGUUUUCUCAUUGGAUCGAUAACAAUCAAAGUGUCGUACUAUCUUUCGACAUGCAGAAAGAGGUCUUUGUGAGGACCCCGAUCCCAAUCGAGUACGAUCACUUUAAACAUGAGGUGAAGAUUUUUGCAAAGGGCAGUACCUCGCUUGUCCUAUUCGCGUACCCACGACAACGGGUUACGGGAGAAAAUUAUUUGUUCGAUAGAUGGGAGUUGAAUGGUUUAAAGCACUGGUCUCGGUUGACGCGUGUCGGACCCUUUUUAGGUGUGACGAAGCCGGUCGGGGCUUUGUGGAGAAGCCGUGUAAUUGUUGUGAGGGGGGAAACUAAGCUCGUUUUCUACGAUUAUUCGACUCAACAUGUAAUGAGAAUUUACGACAUGGAGGGAAACGAUUACCACCUCAACUGUCGCGAUCUCGUCAAAGUUCUUGAGUAUAAGGGGAGUCUACUUUAA